AUGAUAAAAACAUGUGUGAGUGUUACAAAUGACACUUUGUCAAUUGAUUGUGUUUUAUAUAAUAAAUAUGGAUGCAUAUCAUGUGACAUUGGAUAUUAUUUAUCAAAUACAAAAUGUCGUCAAUGUUCCGAGAAUCGCGCAAAUUGUAUUUGCUUUGAAACAAAGUGUCUUUCAUAUAAGUAUGGGUAUUAUCAAGGCGAUAAUUACACGUGUUUUUUAAGCACAGAAUUGUUAAAAAAAAGUGCGACAAAUAAUCACAAAUUACGGGUGGGUGUUAUCAAUGCAAAGACGGGUAUUACAGAGUUGGAACGGAAUUGCUAUGAUUGUCUUUUGAAUUGUUCAACAUGUAAUACAAAAGACACGUGUUUGACUUGCAAUUUAACAAAUUACAAGACACAAAGUGGAAAUUGUUUGCCACAGAACAGUGUCAUUGGCUGUGCUGUCGAAGUCACACAAAAUGGGUGUUCUAAAUGUCAAGAUGGGUAUUACACAGUCAAUUACAAUGAAUGUAAAAGGUGUCAUGACAACUGCACAACAUGCACACACCCGAAAAAUGCACAUCCUGUGUUAAAAACAAAGUAUUAUUUAAAAGUGGACUUUGCUAUGAUAUUUCAUAUGUAUUACAGUGUAUUGAAAUUUCAAACUCAAAAUGCUCCAAAUGCACAUUUUGGAACUCUCCAAAUGAUAAUGGGACUUUGUGUGACAAACAUGUGGUUUGGUGGGUACUUCUCAUUUUUAUUUUGUUUGCCAUUUUUGUGUUAA